GCAUUAUGCAGAUUCUUUUCAGGCUUGGCUGGGUUACUGACGACUCGCAAAAUCUUUCUUUUAGUUGAUUUCACUUUAGUGUCAAGUUUAUAUUUUUGUAUGGUUGUGAUAUGAAGAAUCAGCUUUCUUAGGGAAUCUCAAAUGGGAAGUUGUUUUCUUUAUGCAAAUGCACAAAGAUGACUUUCCUCUAUACGGCUUCCAUAUAUGAUAAUAUUGAAAAACUCAGAAAGUGUGUUGUGUUCGUGGAAUUUGGUUCUCAGGUGGGAGUUGGACCCUCUCUAAGUCCAACACAAGUCAGACUUAGCACUAGAUUUUGUUGAGAGAACUCUUGCUAAUGUUCAAAAGUAUCUGAUUAUUUAAGAAUUCUCGUUCAACGUUCAAGUGAUUCAAAAGAGAAGAAAGAACACAGAUUUUAAGGUUUCAGAUAGUUUGAUGCUCAGAACUUCAUGCUCCCACUGCUUUUCUGUUGCUUCAAUUAGACUUUUUCACAAUUUAUAACCUUCAAAUCAAUCCUAUUAUAUCAACUUGUUAUAAUUUUUUUGAAAAAAUAUCUCUAUUUAUUGGUGCCUUAGUGGUCAAAGUUUGUAUUUAUAGCAGAAAUUAUGCAACUGAAAUAGUCCAACAGAGGGAGCAUUAAAGAACAGUCGAAUUGAUUUCCCCUAUAUAUUCAAUUUGUUUGUUGCCUAGCAAAUGCAUUGAUCUACCCUUCAAGUAACGACGGUAAUUGUCUGAUGUUCUUCUUUAGGAGUAAUCUUGUAAUACUUUCAUUCAAGUAGAGACUAGAAAAUCCUAAUGGAGCUAGAUUGGCAAAAAAAGACUUCUCCGUAAGGAGCAAUAAUCCUAGAGUACAUACAAAGUGUGUCUGGGAGCUGCUGUUUGUAUUUGGUAUUGUAAAUGUGUGGGUCACUGGGUAUAUGUGUCUUUUAGAAGUUGAACUUAUACUGUAAUCGAAUUUGAGAUUUUUAAGUGAUAAUGAAACCAUCUUUGUUAUGAAUUUGAGUUCUGAUCAUCUGAUGAUAUAGAAAAUGUGAUUUUAUAACAUCAUUAGGCAGUAAGUUUGAUGAGUUCAUUGUAUCUAAUAGAAUUGUUGUUAGCUUUGACUUUGACUUAUUAUGAGUACCGGUAGAGUGUUUGUGCUAUGAAGAUAUGAUGAUUGUAAAUGAGUGUGUUUGACGCAAUGUCAUAGGAUUCGCUAAUCUCCCUGCAAAUCGAAAAAGGCGAAUUAUGAUCGGUUUUGGAUUAUUUUUGGACAAAUUUGAGCGAAUCGCAAAUUUAAAAAGCGAAUUAGCUAGCGAAUCAUGUUAUAGUUGUUUGACUUUGACGAGCUAAAAUGAAUACCCAGCUUCUAUAUCAAGUUGCAGAAUCAUAACAGUGAAAUAAACAAGGCCUGGAACCUUGGAGAUCCAGAGGAUCGAUGAAAGUAGUUGAUGGCGCUUAAGAUGAAGCAAGUGUUACUUUAGUUUAAUAGUUUUAGAAGUACUAACGGCCUGUUUGGUUAGUGGUACUGAGAAUGAUUUAUAGUGUAAAAUUUCAUCAAAAGUUUCAUGUCAUCCCCAUGGUGAUGAAACUUUGAUCACAAAAAAGUUUUUUUGUUUACAAAUUUCCAUUACCACCUAAUACCACCUCUACCAAUGGUAAUACACGAUGAAUUUUAUGAAGACAAUGGUAAUGCAUUGGGGUGAAUUUUAUGAAAAACAUGAGAUGAUUGAAGUUAGACAAGCAUGAUCAUCAAGAGAUGUGAAUUGAUCGAGAUGAAUUUGAUUUUGUCGAUGGAGAAUCUUGAAGCCAUUUACCGUGCGGGUUGCCAUUGCAUGCUAGUUGAACGUCACAGUGAGCAUAUAGCGAUGAGCUAUCUCAUGGUUUGUUCAGCUUUGGUGCUGCACUGCUGUUCGUACCUUCGUGGGUUUGGCUUUAAGCAUAGUCAGACAGCAUUUUCUUUAUCAAAUAUUACGAUCAUCCAACUGGGGAAGCAAGAAAAGACUUGGAAUGCAAUGGAUAUGUGCUUCGGCUAUCCUUCCUGUUGUUCAAAAGCAGCAUCAACUUCUAGUGACUUUGCUCCUAUGUAAUGCAGCAGCCAUGGAGGCACUUCCUAUAUACCUGGACAAACUGUUUAAUCAGUAUGUGGCUAUCAUUCUCUCUGUAACUUUGGUUCUAGCUUUUGGCGAGGUUAUUCCCCAAGCUAUAUGUACUAGAUAUGGCCUUGCUGUUGGAGCGAAUUUUGUAGGCCUUGUACGCAUAUUGAUGAUUAUAUGCUAUCCAAUUUCUUAUCCCAUCGGAAAGAUACUGGAUUUCUUACUAGGACAUAAUGAAGCACUCUUCAGGAGAGCUCAACUAAAAGCACUAGUAUCCAUUCAUAGCCAAGAGGCUGGAAAGGGUGGUGAACUUACGCAUGAUGAGACAACCAUUAUCAGUGGAGCAUUAGAUUUGACAGAGAAGACUGCUCAGGAGGCAAUGACACCAAUCGAGUCAACCUUUUCCUUGGACGUAGAUUCGAAAUUGGAUUGGGAAGCAAUGGGAAAGAUCCUAGCUCGUGGGCAUAGCCGAGUACCUGUUUAUUCUGGCAACCCGAAAAACAUUAUUGGACUUCUUUUGGUUAAAACGCUUCUGACAGUACGGCCUGAAACAGAAACUCCUGUGAGUGCAGUUUCCAUACGAAAAAUUCCAAGGGUUCCAGGAGACAUGCCUUUGUAUGACAUACUGAAUGAAUUCCAGAAAGGUCACAGUCACCUGGCAGCAGUAGUGAAAGGAAAAAAGAAGAGUAUUGCCGAUUUACCUAUUAUUGAUGUCAAAAAAUCGAAUCAAUCUAAAGUCACCGAUGUCAAGGGAGAUUUGGUUGCUCCUUUGUUAUCUAAGAAAAAUGACAAUUCCGAAUGUAUUAUAGAUAUCAAGAGAAUCUCUAAGGACAAGAAAAAUUCGCCACAGGAUAAUGCAUCAUCAAAUUCUACGCCUUAUACUGUAGAGGAUAUCGAGGAGGGAGAAGUUAUUGGCAUUAUUACCCUUGAAGAUGUAUUUGAAGAACUUUUGCAGGAGGAAAUUGUAGAUGAAACAGAUGAAUUUGUCGAUGUUCACAAACGAAUACGUGUCGCUGCAGUUGCAGCAGCUUCUUCGGUUGCACGAGCUCCUUCAUAUCGAAGGGUAACUAGCCAAAUGAAUUUGAUUCAGGGAACCCGAGCUAGGCCCGGACAAAGAGUUAAGAAUCUCAGUGAAGAUAAUGCAGCUUAAACGAAGUGAUUGGUCUCCUCUCGUUCGAGCCUAGCCAUCAGAAAAGAUGAAACAUUGGCCUUAUGCAUCUUUUGAGUCCUAUACAUAAACUAUAGCUAUUAGAUUAAGAAGUAUGCUAUGUUAUCAAGUUUUGUAACUUGGUUGUAGUUUUGGAGUAGAAUUUGUUUUCCUUGGUGAUUGUAGAUAAUAAUUUAGGCUCAUUCUUUCAAUGGAAACAAACAUGAGUAUGUCAUUCUUUCGUGAUGACUCCUACUCGAUAUUAACAUGCGUCUGAUUUAUAGGUUGACCUGAGGUUUGGUGACUUGUAGUCAACUCGAGCUCGACUUGUUAUCAAUUACUUUAGGUCCAUAAUAAAUGUGCACCCGGCCGAAUGAUGGCCUAUCCUUGAUAAAGACCUUAUUGCACAAUAAAAUUUUGAUAUAAAGAUAUCACCUGAAUGUAAUCCAAAAUUUUUAAUUAAUGUAUAAAUUUUUUUAAAAUUUUAGCAGAUUUUAUUUAAGGUUUAGUCUAACUUAAUAUGAUAUAUCCUUAAGAUAAUUAGAAUCCAAAU